UAUGAUUGGUCAAUGAAAGCCUUCAAGCUGCUUUCCAUCAUCGGAACAUUACAUUCAUUCAUAGCUUUGUAUUAAUUAUGCAACUUUCCCAGCAAAACCUAAAAAUACUAAUUUUUAAGACUUGACACCGAUAUUAUCAUCCUCUCACCUUCUUCCCUUGUUAUAGUCAGCGACUUCCUCAUUUGGUGAUAUCCUCGUUCCUUCUUCAAACGAGCAAAACUCACUGGUUCGGCGUAUAUACUUAGGUACACUCUCUUCAUGCGCCUCCUGUUUACAAUUACCCACUCCCAACCUCUGCGUCGCUGCAAACUCGAUUAUUUACUCAUGCGCAGACAUUGAAAGGUCCUCGAUUGUUAUAGAUGCUGAUUAUUAAGGAUUUAAAAACAGGUACUCAACGUUGGUUAUCGCAGACCAACAGCCCUGCAAGCGAAUACAAUUUCCCACCUGGAACCAUCAUCAUGAAGUUCGGUGAGCAGCUUCGGUCGAGUGUGAUUAAAGAGUAUCAAUGGUACUAUAUCGCAUACGAUGAACUAAAAGAGAAGCUCAAGACUCCAUAUGUUUCCACUCCAAACAAAAACAAGUCAAGCUCGAAAAGAGUAGAAUGGACGGAAGCGAAUGAGAGAGAGUUCAUUGAUCUUAUGGAGGCAGAGCUAGACAAGGUGCACACCAAACAGAAACUGAAGGCUAUCGAAAUUAGUCGAAGAAUUGCAAACGCGGAUAGAGAGGUUAGUGAAGUGGUCGGGAGGUUAGAUUCGAGAGGACCUGAACGUAGCAACGGGUCGGCAGAUUCUGAUGUUCCUACGGAGGAAGAGUUUAUGUUAUUGGAGGAAGAUUUGAGCGACAUUAUCGCCGAUGUCCAUGACUUGGCCAAAUUCGUGCAGUUGAACUAUACUGGGUUCCAAAAGAUCAUCAAGAAGCAUGACGUAAGUUUGUUGGUUAUAUGUAUACCGCCCCAGCUAACCUUUGCCAGAAAACUACCAAGUGGAUGCUAAAACCUGUGUUUGCGACAAGAUUAAAGGCGAAACCUUUCUUCAAAGAUAACUAUGAUGCGGAUAUUGUUAAGCUGUCAAAAUUAUAUGACUUGGUCAGAACGAGGGGAAAUCCAGUACAGGGUGACAGUUCGGCAGGUGGAAGUCAAGCCAGUUUCAUCCGACAAACAACCAAAUACUGGGUGCAUCCCGAUAACAUCACUGAGUUAAAACUCAUCAUAUUGAAGGUAAAGUCAUUAUGACUACCCCUGUAACACGCGCUAACUUUACCUAGCACUUACCCGUCCUUGUCUUCAAUGCCAGUAAAGAAUUUGAAGCAAAAGAUUCUGCGAUCACUUCGAUUUAUUACGACAACCCCGAUACCUGGGAGCUAUACGAGGGUCGACUCAAGAAAAGCGAAGGGGCAGAGGCAAUUCGUCUGAGAUGGUACGGUGACAUCGACAAUGAGCACAUUUUUGUGGAAAGAAAAACACAUCGAGAGGAUUGGACGGGAGAAAAAUCGGUUAAAGCAAGAUUUGGGAUCAAAGAAAAGAACGUCAAUGCGUACAUGAAGGGAGAAAUCCUACCUGCUGCUAUUUUUGAGAAAGCUCGCAAAGAGGGCAAGAAACCCCUGAAAGCCAUUGAGGAGGACGAGAGGCUUGCUAGGGAAGUUCAGUACUCGGUUCUCAAGAAAGGUUAUGUACCUGUCUGUCGAUCAUUCUAUAACCGUACAGCUUUCCAAUUGCCGGCCGAUGCAAGAGUUCGUAUCUCCUUAGAUACUGAAUUGACCAUGGUGAGAGAAGAUAACCUUGACGGAAGAAGGCGUGCUGGUGACAACUGGCGAAGAAUGGAUAUCGGUAUUGACUAUCCAUUCAGUCAAUUACCCGCGGAAGACGUCGAAAGAUUCCCCUACGCAGUCCUUGAAGUGAAGCUACAGACUCAAGCUGGCCAAGAACCACCUGAGUGGGUACGAGAACUCAUUUCUAGUCAUCUUGUUGAGGCUGUUCCUAAGUUCUCAAAAUUUAUCCAUGGUACGGCGACUCUCUUCCCGACUCGCAUAAAUCUUAUACCAUUCUGGAUGCCACAGAUGGAUGUAGACAUCCGCAAGCCAGUUACUCAGCAUUUUGGUAUCAAACGACCAGGCCAUUCAAACCCAAGUUCUACGAGUGAUGACGACGACGACGAUGAUUCUGAUGACGAGGAUUUUAAUUUCAAUCAGUCUGGGUCCGGGGCUAUUGCCGCUGCUUCCGAGAAUCUCCGACGACGCAACCAUGAAGCACGAGGCAAUAACCUUGAUGAAGAGGAAAUUUCCAACAUGCCAUUGUUGGAAGAAGACUACAUCUACGAUACUGACGAUGAGGAUUCCCUCGACAAUCGUCCAUUCGAGAGGCACAGAAAACUUGGCGGUCUUGCCUUUAUAACAGAAGGCAUCAAGAAUUAUGCCAAAUCUGCAGCGCAUCAAUUAUCUCGAGGAAUUCAUUCCUUAAGCCCUACCCCUAGAGAUCCAAUGGAUAGUAACAAUGCUACAUUUACAGCUCUAAGAAAUGGUGGUGGUAAGGUUGUGGCUAAGAAGUUCAAAGCCCCGCCUGGAAAGAAGAUUCAUGUACCGGUUCGUGUUGAGCCAAAGGUAUAUUUUGCCGCUGAGAGAACAUUUUUGACCUGGGUACGUAUCCAUUUCGUUACCUUCCAUUUUUCCCACAAUCCGCUAACACAGUUGUUUCUUUUAGCUCGAAUUCUCAAUCUACAUUGGUACAAUUGCCGCCACACUCGUCAAUUUUGGAACAAAACCCACAGCGAUAUCCUUCAUUGCUGCGGGAUUUUUCUCCAUAGUAGCUAUUAUGAGUUUGUCCUAUAGUGUGGGUAUGUAUUUGUAUAGGAGUAAUAGUAUUAGGCAGAGGAAGAACAUCAAGUAUUAUGAUGCUUGGGGACCGAGUAUCUUGUGUACGUCGCUAUUUGCGGCGGUGGUGGUUAAUGCCGCGUUUCAAUUAAAUGUCAAGGAGUGAGACGGAGGAAUGUUGAAACUUACAGGCAUGACUUGGAGAGAAGGGAAAGGAGAGUUAGGGAAGAGGAACUGAAAUGUACAAAACAAACCUGUUAAUAUGGAGAUGGAUGGACAUGGAGAUUGUAAUACAUGAGAAUGGAUGGUGUAAUUGCUGAGAGGGGGGAGGUGAAUGGACAUGGAAAUGGAAUUGUUCAUCAGAAAUGAGAAAGUCAUUUGUGAGGAGACACUCUUGGAAUUUGUAUUUAUGAGAUUAAUUACUUGAAUAUAUAUACACGCAUACACAUACAUAUAUAUAUACCUA